AUGCUUAAGCUCAUGCAGCUUUCCCUACUGUGGGCGUUCCUCUCUGACCUGAAUAAGGUCGAUACUGGAUCCGAUAAGUGCGACUUCACUACCAGUCAGGUCCCACCAGGGUCCUGUGCAGGCCCUCUAGAGCGUGCACUCAAAAUGCGCCUGGCAGCGGCCUUGCCACUAACUAAUACCGGGUGUGCGAUCAAUCAAAUCCCGUUCCGUCCCGACUCUAGUACCACAAUCACAAAGUGUGGCCAAUGUGAUCCCCAGCAAACCCUUCCAUCGGGAUAUAACCCCAACUGCCCCAUCUCACAUAUUUGUAACGAUGCUGGACUGUGUACCAGGGCUAACGCAUAUGAGCUUUUUGGACAGCCUUGCCCGGGGGGAGGCGCAUCUCUGUGGUGUGGAUCUCUAAUAUGUAUUAAUCGUCGCUGCGCACAGUGCGUUGAUGGGACGGUUAUAGGUGGGUACACAUGCAUAGGUGGGCAGUAUUAUGGAGACUACCUUGCAAAGAUGCGGGCCGAUGCAUCGACGAUCACUGCCUUCUGUGCCAUAGCUGUGACAUGCGCAGUCAUACUACUUUGCUCCGUUGUUGGGUGUGUGCAGUGCACAAUCCUCAAAAGAAAAAUUAAACAACACAUCUAUCAAAAGAUACCCACCACAAACGUGACUUCCGCUACACUACUUUCCACAACGCCACUUACAAAUGCACAAAGUUAA